ACGGCUCUAACUCUUGGCCUUCAUCAUCAUCAUCAUCACCUUCACCACCACCAUCAUCAUCCUCAGAGGAAGACGGACAGGGAGCCCCCUGACCCUCGCCCCGCCGGGUCGCCAUGGCAACGGUCAUCUGCACUCGUUUCACCGAAGAGUAUCAGCUGUAUGAGGAGCUGGGCAAGGGAGCGUUUUCUGUGGUGCGGCGCUGUGUGAAGGUGCUGUCAGGUCAGGAGUACGCCGCCAAGAUCAUCAACACCAAGAAACUGUCAGCCAGAGAUCAUCAGAAGCUGGACCGCGAAGCUCGAAUCUGUCGUUUACUGAAACACCCCAACAUCGUUCGGCUACAUGACAGCAUCUCAGAGGAGGCGCAUCAUUACCUCAUCUUUGACCUGGUGACGGGCGGAGAGUUGUUUGAAGAUAUUGUAGCCAGAGAAUAUUACAGUGAAGCUGACGCAAGUCACUGUAUCCAGCAGAUUUUGGAGGCGGUGCUACACUGUCACCAGAUGGGUGUGGUCCACAGAGACCUGAAGCCAGAGAACCUGCUGCUGGCCUCCAAGUCUAAAGGAGCGGCGGUCAAACUGGCCGACUUCGGCCUCGCCAUCGAGGUGGAGGGAGACCAGCAGGCCUGGUUCGGGUUUGCGGGGACUCCUGGUUAUCUGUCUCCAGAGGUUUUGAGGAAGGAUCCGUACGGCAAAGCAGUCGACCUCUGGGCCUGUGGUGUGAUUCUCUACAUCUUAUUGGUCGGUUAUCCUCCAUUCUGGGAUGAAGAUCAACAUCGUCUCUACCAGCAGAUCAAAGCUGGAGCUUAUGAUUUCCCGUCUCCGGAGUGGGACACGGUGACCCCUGAAGCCAAAGACCUCAUUAACAAGAUGUUGACCAUCAAUCCGGCCAAACGCAUCACAGCCGCCGAGGCGCUCAAACACCCCUGGAUCUCUCAUCGCUCCACGGUGGCGUCCUGCAUGCACAGACAGGAGACGGUCGAGUGUCUGAAGAAGUUCAACGCCAGACGGAAACUGAAGGGAGCCAUUUUGACCACCAUGUUGGCCACCAGGAAUUUCUCCGGAGGAAAGAGUGGAAGCAACAAGAAGGCUGACGGAGUCAAAGAAUCAUCUGAGAGCACAAACACCACCAUAGAGGAUGAAGACACCAGAGUGAGGAAACAGGACAUCAUUAAAGUCACUGAGCAGCUCAUCGAGGCGAUCAGCAACGGAGACUUCGAGAGCUACACUAAAAUGUGCGACCCGGCUGUGACGGCGUUCGAGCCCGAGGCGUUGGGGAAUCUGGUCGAAGGCCUGGACUUCCAUCGCUUUUACUUUGAGAACUUGUGGUCUAAGAACAGUAAACCCGUCCACACCACCAUCUUGAAUCCUCACAUCCACCUGGUUGGGGACGAGGCGGCCUGCAUCGCUUACAUCAGAGUGACGCAGUACAUCGACGCCAACGGGACGCCUCGCACCGCCCAAUCGGAGGAGACCAGGGUGUGGCACCGCCGGGACGGGAAGUGGCAGAUCGUCCAUUUCCACCGCUCAGGCUCUGCCUCCACGCUCAGCAAUUAACUUCCAGAGUGGGCGGUUCUUUGAGUGGGCCACCGUCGCCAUGACAACUGAUUGAUUGACAGCAGGCCAGGCGUCUUGAUACUGACCAUCUGGGAUUUGUUUGAGAAGCUGGAGAAAAACAAAAUGGAGGAGACGAGGGUGGGGACACAAAGCAUCACUCCAACUUAGUCCAGUAGUGAACUGCAUAAUCAAUCAACCAAUCAACCAGUCAGCUUCCUUUUUCAGCUUCUUUGGACUUUGCUUCAACCACGCCCCCUUGUGAUUAGCCAAUCAGGUCUCUUGGUGCAGUACAGCUGCACAGCACAGGUUGUAUUCAUGUGUGGAAACCUCAUAACUCAUGUUUUUAGUUUUCUGUGUAUUCUGGAUGAUUGACAGGUCUGAUGCCUCCUUCACAACUGAUUUUAGUGUUCAAACUGCCCCAAACCUCCGUUCAUGACACCACAGCGCCCCCUUGUGGACAAAAUGAAAGUUUUAUAGUUUUCAAUUCUGUUAACUUCGAGAAAUUAUUUCUGUCCAGCAUCGAAACAGGUCCAAGAUGUGUUCAGCCUAGCUUAGCACAAAGACUGGAAGCAGGGGGAAGCUGCUAGCUUAGCUCCAUCAAGAGAGAAAAACUAUAACUGUCUGAUUUACAUGUUGUCUCUUGUUAAAUGAACAGGUGCAGAAAUA